AUGUCGGACCUAUAUCUGUCUAGGUUACGGAGCUGGUUCCUCAAAUCUCCUCCCGCAGAAUGGGGCCUCAACAUCCUGCGAGAGACCCUUAUCGGCGCCCUGCGCCAGGGCAAGAUCCCGCGUCAUGUGGCCUUUGAGAUGGACGGCAACCGCCGUUAUGCCCGCAGUCACAAAAUCGAGACCAUCGAGGGGCACCAUCUGGGCUUUGAGGCGCUGGCGAGGAUCCUGGAGGUGUGCUACAAGUGCGGCGUUGAGGUCGUGACCGUCUACGCCUUCAGCCUCGAAAACUUCCACCGCCCCAAGUACGAGGUCGACGGGCUGAUGCAGCUUGCUAAGCUCAAGCUCGAGCAGAUCGUGCAGCAUGGAGAGUUGUUGGACCGCUAUGGUGCCAGCGUCCGGGUGUUGGGUCGUUUGGACCUCGUGCCGCCCGAUGUGCUGGAGGUCGUGGAGCGGGCUGUUGCUGCCACGGCACACAACACCGAUUGCGUCCUCAACAUCUGCUUCCCCUACACCUCCCGCGAGGAAAUGACGACAGCCAUGCGCCAUACCGUCGAGGAGUACGCCACGACGGCGCCGGCCCAGCCUACACCCUUCUCGCAGAACCGUAUCAAGCAAAAGAUCCUCUCUAAGAAAGGGGAGAAGCUUGAGGCCCUCGCCGCUAUCAACGAGCUGUCCCCUCCCCCAACCCCCUCAACUCGCUCCGUCGACGAGCACGAAGACGACGCCGUCUCCGAGGCCACGACCCUGCACUCGGACUCGCACACCCACAAGAGCACCAUUUCGACCACCACCGACGACGGCAGCGUGGCCGUCUAUCCCAAUCCGGAGACUAUCACUCCAGAAACCAUCACGCAGCACCUGUACACGGCGGGGUGCCCGCCGCUCGACAUUUUUGUGCGCACUAGUGGCGUCGAGCGGCUGAGCGACUUCCUGCUGUGGCAGGCCCACCAGGACACCCAGAUCUUCUUCCUUAAGUGCUUCUGGCCCGAGUUUGACCUGUGGCAUUUCCUGCCCGUCCUGCUUGAGUGGCAGUGGCGGCAGAAGCAGAAGGAACGGGAUGAGAGGCCAGCGAUGGUUAGGAGGAGGCCAGUAGUGACGUAUCAGAACGCUUGGUUUUCGGCUUGGCCCCACUUCGAUCCUCCACAACCGGCCAAUCCCAAGCCGCACGGUUGCUGGCAGCCCAGCGUCAGUGCUGGAGUCGCUGCUGUGGAUAGAGUGCACCCUGGCUUGUCGCCCGUUUCGCCCGUGGCCGGCCGCGAGAAACUCCCAUCGUCGUGUCUCGGAACGUGCGCACUGCGGCCAUUGACCAUGAAGACAGCAAAGCCGCCGGCGCCCGAACCCUCGACGACGAGCACCGCCGCCGCCGCCGCCGCUGCUGGCUCCUCGACGACCACGACCAGUCGCAGGGCCCAGCCGGUGCGCCAGACGCGAAUCAACCCCCAGCGGUCCGCCACGCUCAAUCGCUCUAACAACCCACUGUCUAGCAGCAACGCGCCUGCCCCUGAGCAGCCCAUCAACAUCCUGCCCGGCGUCACCCACUUCGCCGACGCCAUCUCGGCCCUGCCCCGAGAGCUUGUCCGCCACUUCACCCUGCUCAAAGAGGUCGACGCCAAGAUAUUCGCGCCCGAAGAGACGCUCUUUCAGCUGCUUGAUGAUGCUCUGAACACCCCCGUGCCGGAUAUCCCCCGGCAGCAGAACACUGAUGCCUCGAACAGUGCCGUCGCCAAUGCCCAUCGACAUGCUAACGCCUCCAUCUUCGGGCUGUUCCAGCCGCCGCCGAUGGACCCGCCCGAGGUGUUCGACCCCGCGAACCUGCCGCGCCGCAAGCUGUUCCACGAGACGGCCAUGAAGAUCCAGGAGCUGCUGGUGUCGCUCGAGGAGAAGAACCACGUCAUCGCCACGGCCAACGACGUACUCAACAAGCAGCUGGCGCGCAUCGAGGAGAUUUGGCCACACCUUGAGGCCGAGUUCAGCGACGAGGCCAAGUGGGGGAGCACCACCCACUGGGCCUACAUCGACAACCGCCAGCAGCAGAAGGCCAACGAGAAGCAGGCCGAGCGCUCUCGUCGCGAUGGCGCCGCUGCCCUGUCUGCUGCCGCCGAGAAGCUUGCUGAAGACGCGGCUUCUCGCGGUAGUGGUAAGCAGGGUGCUGGCAAGAAGGGCGGCGCAAGCAAGAACGCGGGGAAUGAUGAUACCGAUAAGAAUCAGGACUCGGCUGGGACGGGCAAGAAGGGCGCUGGAGCCAAGUCGCGCAAGCCCCUGCCUGACUCCCAGCCAGUUGGGCUCGGGAUUAGCAACGCCGGGUCUGGAACCACGGCGUCCAAGCGCCGGAAGACUGAGAAUGCCAAGUCUAAUGGGGGAACUCCCACCGAGCGCGCCAUGUCGACCGUCUACGGCAGUGGCGCGAAGCAGAGGACGACUAGCCCGCGCGAGACGCCCGCCCCGGAGGGAGGGACGGGCAAGAAGCGCAAGGCGCUGCCGACGGCGAGCAACCAGACGAAGAAGAGCAGGACCAACGCAACUGCCUCACCCUCCGUUACGUCCUCCCCAGUCCUCGGCAACCUCCCCGAACCAGGCACCAAUACCAACAAGACCAGCCGUGCCUCACCAGCCCCCUCACAAUCGGGUGCUGCUUCCGGCAACGGGCCGACCACACGCCCUGUUUCAUCUCGUGGUCGUCAGAACUCGACGGCCGGCGCCGACAAGCGCCCGCCGUCGUCUACCGCCCCAUCAAACAAGAACGGCAGUGUCCCCGGCACGCCGGAUCUCAAUGGCCAGAGUAACGGCACCAGGACUGCCGCGGGGGAGACCAAGACCGGCGGCAAGAAGGGUGCCGCUGCGUCGAAUAAAGCUUCCCCCGUAGAGAACAAUCCCGAUGGAGAAGAGACACUUGAAUUGAUGGAUGAUGCUACUGCUCAAGAUGGUGGUGGUGAUGAUAAUAACAAGAAGGAUCCGAAACUGGAGCAGGAAGAUCAGCAGCAGGAUGAGAAGAAGGAGGGUGUUGCUACCGCUGCCGCUGCUGCUGCUGCUGCUGGUGGGACGACGGCAAAUUUGACGAUUCAGCCUGCUUCUGCUUCUUCGGCUGCGGCUGCUGCUCCUACCUCCGGGUCGAAUACGACGAUCACGGGGACGAAGACAAAGUCUGGGAGGACAAGUAAGCCCUCUACCCCGGCGAUUGGGUCGUUCCCCGAUAAUGGGGCGUCCGGAGCUGGGAUUGGAGCGGUGUCGUCUUCGUCGUCGUCGGCCGGGACGGCAGCGGCUGGGGCGGGCUCUUCGAGGGGCGGUAGGAAUUCGAGGAAUGGGGAGAAUGGUGGGAACGGGGUCGGCUCAGGCGCGAGUAACAGUACCCUGGGGAAUGCUGCGGCUGCGGGUGGUGCAAGCGCGAGUGCGUCUGGCAAUGGCUCCGGCAGCACGGCUAAGAGGGGUCAUAAGAAGGGUACCGCGUCGAUUUCCCAGCCUUCAGCUGGCGAAAAGGACAAGGACAGUGACAAGAAAGAUUCAUCAGCUUCGUCUUCAGGUGGCAGCACCAGUGGAAAGCAAGCCAAGGGUGUUGGUGCUGAUGACAAGUCUGACACUGGCAGCAACAAGCAGACGCAUGCAGGUGGGCAAAAAGACUACCACCACCACUCUGGAAAGGGUGGUGGCAGCCAGGGGAAGGAGUCUAAGAAACGCAGCGGGAAGAAUGCUCAAGCAGCAGCAGCAGCAGCAGCAGCAGCGGUGGCCCAUGUCGAUCCCGAUGGGGAUGAAGAGAUGCCGGAUGCGGAGCAGCAGGGUCAUCAACAAGAUGAGCAAUCGCAAGACGGCGCCGCAUCCAAUAACAACGGAGGAGGGCAUACGUCCACGAGAAGGAGUACCCGGCGAGAAGCGAACCACAAUAACAACAACAACAACAGCAACAGCAACUCGCAUAACAGCAGUAGUAAAUAUCAGCAGCAGCAGCAGCAGCAGCAGCAACAAGAGGAGGUGGCAGAGGAAGAGGUGGAAGAAGUAGAAGAGGAAGUGGAGGAGGACGAGCCCCGGUAUUGUAUCUGCAACGGGGUCAGUUAUGGCGAGAUGGUCGCUUGUGAUGGGGAGGGGUGUCCUAGGGAGUGGUUCCAUCUGGAGUGUGUUGGGUUGAGGGUUGCGCCGAGGGUCAAUGCGAAAUGGUACUGCGAAGACUGCAAGAAACGGUUGAAGAUAGGCGAAGGGAGGAGAUAA